AUGGGGCGGGGGCUGCGCCUGGCGCUGCUGGCAGCCCUGCUCUCCGGGCUGGGUUCUCAAUUGUUAUUGCACAUCACAGCUCCACAGAGGAUAUCCUCAAAUAUAACUGGAGAUCUGGACCAAGUGUCCUAUGUCAUUACAAUAGAAGGGACACCGUAUACUCUUCACCUGAAGCAACAACUAUUUUUAUCUGAUGAUUUCAGGGUUUAUACUUACACCAAAGGGGGGGCUGUUCAUUCUGAUUUCCCACAUAUUAAGGAUGAUUGCUACUACCAAGGGUAUAUUGCAGGCUUUCCCAAUUCACUUGUGACACUCAGCACCUGCUCUGGGCUCAGAGGGCUAUUGCAGUUUGAGAAUGCUAGCUAUGGAAUUGAACCCUUGGAUUCUUCACCUGGGUUUGAGCACAUUAUUUAUCAAAUAAAGAAUGAAAACACUCAGAGUCCACUUUUUGCAAACAACUACACUGAUAUAGGGAGAGAAAAGGUGACAGGAAAGGUGUCUUACAAGCUGCAUACAGAUAUUGAAGUGAGUGCCGCUUUUUAUCAUAAUGGUAGAGAUUAUUCAAUGUCAGAUGUCACUAAAUCCCCCAGAUACCUGGAAAUCGAUGUCAUUUUGGACAAGGGUUUGUACAACUAUCUGGGUUCAGACAAGGAUCUUAUAACAGAAAAAAUAGUCCAGCUUCUUGGAUUUGUCAACAGUAUGUUUACCCCCCUUAAUAUGACAAUUGUACUGUCUUCUUUGGAGUUUUGGACAGAUAAUAAUAAAAUUCGUACAACAGGGGAAGCUGAUGAGAUACUACAAAGAUUUUUACAAUGGAAAGAAUCUUACCUUGUUCUACGGCCACAUGAUAUGGCAUAUUUAUUUGUUUACAGGGACCACCCUAGUUAUGUAGGGGCAACAUUUGCAGGAAGGAUUUGUCUCAGAAACUAUGCUGGAGGAGUUGCCUUGUAUCAAAGGGCUGUAACACUGGAGACAUUUUCAGUCAUCAUUGCACAGCUGCUGGGGCUUAGCCUGGGAAUAACAUACGAUGAUUCUAGGGACUGUCAGUGUCCAGGAUACACCUGCAUAAUGCACACCAAAGCAGUACUUUCCAAUGGAGUAAAACCCUUUAGCAGCUGCAGCAUUAGAGACUUCAAAAGUUUUAUAAAACAUAGGGGAGGAGACUGCCUCUCUAACAGGCCCUAUUUGAAUACGUCCUACAAGAGGGCUUCAGUCUGUGGCAAUCGUAUUGUGGAAAGAGGAGAGCAGUGUGACUGUGGCUCAGCACAGGUUAGUACUCAAUACCAGAAAGAGUGUGCAAAAGAUAAAUGCUGCACUAACAAAUGUAGACUUAAGCCAAGAGCAAAGUGUGGUACUGGAUUAUGUUGCCAAAACUGUAAGUUUAAGGCAAAGAAUAAGAAAUGUAGACCCACGGCUGAUAGUCAGUGUGAUCUCAAUGAGUACUGCAAUGGGUCAUCUGCAUUCUGUCCAACUGAUCUUUAUGUUCAGAAUGGACACAGAUGCGAACACAAUACUGCCUAUUGUUACAAAGGACGUUGCCAGUCUCCUGAUAUAGAGUGUCAGAGGAUCUAUGGAAAAGGUUCUAAAAAUGCUCCUCUUGCAUGUUAUGAAGAAAUCAAUAGUCAAACAGAUAGGUUUGGACACUGUGGGAAUGAUCCGAAGAAAGGAUUUCGAACCUGUAGUUGGAUGUAUGUUUUUAAGGAAAAAACAUAUUUAUUUUCUGCUUUCCUCUACUGUAUGGUGCAAAUGUUUACUAUCCGUUCAGGCUACUUUAAUUUCUUUAUAAAAUUUCCAUUUAGUCUCAGGUGUUCUGUAUACAUUAGCCUUGGCCAUUCUCAAAGAACGUGCACUGUCACAUGUAUCAUUUUAUUUUCCUCUGCUAUUGAAUUUUAUAGGGAUGUCACAUGUGGAAAGUUAGUUUGUACAUAUCCAAGUCGCAUUCCAUUCACUAAAGAAAAAGCUGCUAUCAUUUAUGCUCAAGUGCGCGAGCAUGUAUGUAUAUCUUUAGAUUAUAUGAAGCCACCCACAGAGAAUGACCCUCUACUGGUUAAAGAAGGCACAAAGUGUGGGCCUGGUAAAGUUUGUAUAAACCGCACAUGCCAGUUUUAUGCAGUCCUGGGAUAUGAUUGUAAUCCACAAGUAAAAUGCAAUGGUCAUGGAGUAUGCAACAAUAAGAAACAUUGUCAUUGUAAUCCUGGCUGGAAUCCUCCAGAUUGCACAAUGAAAGGCUCUCCAGUAGGGGGAAGUAUUGACAGUGGGCUUCGAUUUUUGGACUCUGAUAUGAUCUUAGAAAGAGCUUCCCAAAACACUUUGAAGAAUUGGCUGCUGCUAAGUUUCUGUCUCUUUCUGCCUGUCCUUGUUGGUUUUAUCAUCAUGAUUGUAAAAUGGAAUGAUUUGAGUAGAUUCUGCUCAAAGGAGGAGGACUCACAAACCGAUGAAUCAGAAGACUUGAGCCUGUCAGACAAUCGAAGUAUGUAGGUAAUAGCAGAGACCUGAAGACUAAAAUGGACCAAGCAUAAACCGAAGCUAGGAAGAGAAGGCUGAGAUCCUGGUUCUUGGGAAGAAAAAAUGAGACUAGAUUAUAGUUGCAGUGAUGUAUUUUAUAAGCUGUUUUGCUUUUGUGAAUAAAAUAUAGCUUGUCCAUAAA